GCUGGGCUGUGAGGUGGGUUUGGGAUUUCACUGAGGCGGGGUGUUAUUGGACUAAUGCACUUCAGAUUUACUUCCGAGCCCGUCAGCUGAAAAUCACCCGCUGAUACAGCAGAAUUUUGAAGCUGUAUCAAGAUGGAUGGUGAAAAUGAAGCCAAAAUUAAAGCGAGCGACCAGGUGAUGCAGGACCCACAGGUAUUGGCGGUUCUUCAGGAAAAAGUAGACAGUGUCUCACACAGUGCUUCUGUCAUGGAGAGCUUACCCAAGUCUGUGAAAAGAAGAGUCGAUGCCCUAAAAAACCUUCAGGUUAACAGCACACAUAUUGAAGCCAAGUUUUACAAGGAGGUACAUGAGCUGGAGAGAAAGUAUGGCGCUCUUUAUCAGCCGUUAUUUGACAAAAGAAGAGACAUUGUCUCUGGAAAAGUGGAACCCACCGAUGAGGAGUGUGAAAGGCAGAGUGACCAUGAGGAUGAAGAAGCAUUAGCAGAAGAUUUGAAGAAGAAAGCUGCUAUAGAGGAAAAGACAGAGGAUGCUAAUGAGGAGAAACCCAAGGGAGUUCCAGAGUUCUGGCUCACCAUAUUCAGAAGUGUGGACAUGCUGAGUGAUAUGCUGCAGGAACAUGAUGAGCCAAUACUUAAACAUCUACAAGAUAUUAAAGUGAUUUUUUCUGGUCCUGAUCAGCCCAUGAGUUUUACAUUAGAGUUUCAUUUUGAACCCAAUGAAUACUUCACCAACACAGUCCUCACAAAAGUAUACAAGAUGAAGUCAGAGCCAGAUGCAGAGGAACCAUUUUCAUUCGAGGGACCAGAAAUCAUUGACUGUGAGGGGUGUGAAAUUGAUUGGCACAAAGCCAAAGAUGUGACAGUCAAAACAAUCAAGAAGAAGCAGAAGCACAAAGGCAGGGGGACUGCGAGGGUCAUCACCAAACAAGUGCCCAAUGACUCCUUUUUCAACUUUUUCAACCCUAUUAAAGUUUCGCCAGACAAAGAGUUGGAUGAGGAUUCUGAGUACACCUUAGCCACAGAUUUUGAAAUCGGUCAUUUCUUCAGGGAAAGAAUCGUGCCGAGAGCAGUUUUGUAUUUUACAGGAGAAGCUCUGGAGGAUGAUGAAAGUUUUGAGGAGGAGGAACUCGAUGAGGGUGAAGAGGAGGACCAAGAUGAGGAGGAUGAGGACGAGGAGGAGGAGGGAGAAUUAGAUUCCAAGUUACAGGCAUAAGUCAUUGUCAUCUCAUACAUUUCUAGAGUGUGGAUCCUCAGCCUCCAGAUUGCAAACAACAGUAGUUUGGACUGCUCACUCCUGCCACUGUCAAUCCCCAUCAGCUCAAUAGUGCUGUGUGUAGUCUCUGCUGAUUAUACAUACCAUCCUCACAAAACAACCCCAAUGAUGCAGUACAUUGGAAAGAAAAACGUUUUUUUCUUCAUAUAUUGCUUACUUCAAAACUCAACAGAUAUUGUUCAACAGCACUAUAAAUUGGGCAAUUCCAUGUGGUCUGCCUCAGAAUGUAUGUAUAUAUAUAUAUAUAUAU